UUUUUCACAGCACACCAAUUCCUCGACCAUAUGUAAGCUGUAACAGCGAGACGCACCGAGAGAAAGUAAAAGCAAAAGAAAAACUAUUGUGGGAACUUCAUUCCUUUUGUAGCAAAAAGAAGAAGAUGAUCAGAGUUUCAAUCUUUUCUCACCGCUGAAGUCUCGCAGUUCUACUACAAGAGAGAGUGAUGAAAAUUGCACCCAAAACCAGAGGAAGCUUUUUUCAAUCGCAAUUCAGUUAGUGAUCAAUCAAUCAUUCGAUCGUUAAAAGAAAUGAUUUUUACGGAAACCCUCACCCUCUUUAUUUCGAUUUUCAUUCUCUUCUUCAUCAAAUCUCAAUCAUCAAUUCCGUGUAACAGAUCAUGCGGCGGCGCAGCCGAAGUUCCUUAUCCAUUUGGGUUUUCUAAUGGUUGUGGAAUUCAAUUAAACUGCAAUGAAAUAGAAGGAAUUCGAAUCCAUGAAUUCAAAGUAGAAAGCAUAACUAAUGAUACUAUCGCUAUAGAGUUACCAGAAAGCUGUGGUCGUCCUAUCAGAAAUGUGAAACAUCUAUUCAGUAAAAAUUAUGGAUUAACAUCUCAAAACGGGUUGUUACUAGGGAAAUGCCGUUCAAAGCUUCUUCAUAAAUGUACAGAACCAGCAGCUUUCGUUGAGACCAAUUUUAAAUCCACCGGUUGUGGUAAUUUGAGCUGUUACUCUAACGGAACAAAUGGUUUUAUGGAUUUUGAAAAUAUAAGUCAGAGUGGGUGUAAGACUUUAUUCUCAUCGAUUGCUUUGGGUCAUCGGAAUUCAAAGAAUCUCAGUUCUUCCGUUUCUUUACAAUUUCAAUCUCUUCAAUUAGAAUGGUGGUUAGAAGGUUCUUGUUCUGAUAAGUUUUGUUCUCAGAAUUCUAAUUGUACGGAUGUAGUUACUCCUUCUGGGCCAGGAUACCGGUGCCACUGCCAAGAAGGAUUCUUCGGAGAUGGCUAUCGUUCCGGUGAGGGUUGUCGGAAAGUUUCUUCAAGUUGCAACCCUUCGAAGUACAUGUCAGGCAAGUGUGGGGGAACUACCAGGGUCGGUGUUCUAAUCGGAGGCAUUGUUGCUGGAGCUAUUUUUAUGGCUGGCCUGGCUCUUUUAUGCUACUGCUUCAGACGUCGUCGGCCCACCUUUCAGAGAUCCCACAAGGACAUGAAACGACUAUUAUCAGAAACAAUGGGCAGCUGUAGCAUCCCUUUUUAUACCUACAGAGAAAUUGAGAAAGCCACAAACUACUUCUCAGAGGACAAUAUGUUAGGAAUAGGGGCAUAUGGAACAGUUUAUGCAGGAAUAUUUCACAAUGAUGAAUGGGUUGCCGUAAAAAAGAUCCGACAUCGCGAUCAAGAUGGGAUUGAGCAAGUCAUGAAUGAGGUCAAGCUUCUCUCUUCUGUGAGCCAUCCAAAUCUUGUUCGCCUUUUAGGAUACUGUAUAGAAAGGAGUGAGCAGAUUCUUGUUUAUGAAUUCAUGCCAAAUGGUACUUUAGCUCAACAUUUACAGAGAGAAAAGGGAGCUGCCCUUCCUUGGACAGUUCGCCUUACCAUUGCCUCCGAAACUGCACAAGCCAUCGCACAUCUCCACUCAGCCAACACACCUAUAUACCACAGAGACAUCAAGUCUAGCAAUAUACUGUUGGACGCUAAAUUCAACUCCAAGGUUGCAGAUUUUGGUCUUUCUAGAGUGGGGGUGGGAGUUACUGAGUUAUCUCACAUCUCAACAGCACCACAAGGGACACCAGGAUAUCUUGAUCCUCAAUACCAUCAGAAUUUCCACCUUUCAGAUAAAAGUGAUGUCUACAGUUUUGGGGUGGUUUUGGUGGAGAUAAUAACUGCGCAGAAGGUGGUGGACUUCUCACGGCCUCAAAGUGAGAUAAAUUUAGCUGCACUUGCCGUAGAUAAAAUAGGUAAAGGUUGUUUGGAUGACAUAAUAGACCCAUUCAUUGAGCCUAACAGGGAUGCAUGGACACUUUCCUCCGUACACAAGGUGGCAGAAUUGGCAUUUAGAUGCCUUGCGUUUCAUAGGGACAUGAGGCCUUCUAUGAUGGAAGUAGCUAGUGAACUAGAUUGCAUCAGGCAUAGUGCUUGGGCACCGGUGGAAGAGGGCAUCUGUGGAGCAUCAUCAGUAGGCUCAACUUGUUCUUCCGUGUAUGAUGAAAGUGAUCAGAAGUUGGAUGGGUCAUCGGUAAUCAAGAAAGUGACGGAGAGUCAUAGACUAACUGUGUCGCAGAGGGUUAAGCUUGUGACUUCCAUUCACGAGGUAAAAGAUAGCUCCCCUGUUUCUGUGCAUGCACCAUGGUUCAGUGAAGACAGCUCACCAUCGUCAAACAGUUUGUUGGAGAAUGUGGUUAACUGAACCAAAUGUUAUCAACUUCAUCUCAAUUUGUGAAUAUCAGAAAGGGUUUUCUUGUGAUUCUCCGACACUUCCAUUCGUCAUGUUUUCUCUCUACUAUAGCUAUGCAUUAAUGCUCUAAUGCUCUUUAGCUACCUUCCAUUUCAAAUUUAUCUGAAGCAUAUGGAGGAAUGUUGCGUAUUUAGUGUAGGCUGUAGAAACAUAUUCAAAAACAUAAACUUGAAAUCAAAUAGAAUUAUACAAAGGAUAUUGAAUA